UAGCUGAGUGAAUACUCACUCUUGACUGACUACAGUCCCAUAUACAAGCUACAGGACAAGCAUGGCGAAUAAAUCAGUGUAUGAUUUCUGUGCCGAGACCCUGGACGGACGGCCGGUUCCGCUCAGCAACUACCGGGGUAAAGUGCUGCUUGUCGUCAACGUCGCCACCUUCUGAGGGUCAACAAUAGAGGAGUACCACCGACUGAAUGCACUGAUGGAAAUGUUUGGCGACCUCAACUUCACCGUCUUAGGAUUCUCCUGCAACCAGUUUGGCCUUCAGUCACCUGAGGUGAAUCACGAGACUCUCAGUGUUCUGAAGUAUGUUAGACCUGGUGGGGGGUUCGUACCAAAGUUUCCCGUCUUUGGCAAGGUUGAGGUGAAUGGAAAAAAUGAAGAGCCCCUAUUCACCUACCUAAAGGAAUCUUUGCCGUUUGUGAAUCCUGUAAUUGGAGAUAUCAAGAAAUUCUUCUGGUCCCCAAUCACCGUCAAUGACAUUCGGUGGAAUUUUGAGAAGUUUCUUAUUACUGCAGAUGGCAUGCCCUUCAAAAGGUAUGAACUUCACUGCCCCAUUAAAAAAUUGGAGAAGGACAUAGCCACACUUCUCUGAUGGGUUUUCUUCAAAUUGUCACCGGUGGUAGAGUGACGAUCCCCCAGUAAAUGCACACGUGCACCUGAGCUGGAUCUGAUGGGAAGAGAAACAGGCCUUGGAGCUUCAGUGCAUUCACUCUAAGAGCAAGUUCUCUUCGGCCACUGGAGGAGUUUUCAUGUCACAUUUCUCUCUAGUGUGAUGGCAUCUAUGACUCAAAAAUAAAUAUGAAUAAAACAAUACUCACAGCA